AUGUUGGCCUGCGGCUUCUCUCUGUCGGCUUCGGGAGGCUCCCGCUCUCUGGCCGACUCCACUCCGCCGCACGACGCCCUUCCUUUGGCCCUCCCCACUCCUCCGCGCGAGCCCAUUGCUGUGUCGGCGGGCCAUACAUCCUCCGCCCCUCUCCUCUGCUCGUCUCACGGUGCCUACGUCUCUCUGGCGACGGUGACCAGGCCUCCCCACGUCCACUGCGCUGUUGGCGGUGCUCAGGCGAGUGCCAGUCUUCUUCCUCCUUGCCCCUUCUCUGGCGGCGCCCCUCUGGCGAACGGGACCCGCUGUUGUCCCUCCUCCCUCCCUGCCUGGUCCGCUCCUGCCCGCGCGUCGCGCUGCCGCGCUCCACUGGCGGCCUCCCGCGCUGCUCCUGCGGCCACUGCUCCGCCCGGUCUCUCCUCCCUGCCCAUAUGUCUCUGGAGCGUGCGGCUCAUCCUCCCACCGAUUCCCGCGCGCCUGCUGCCGCUCCAGCGGCUGCCCGCCGCCGCCACUCCAAUCUCCCCGCUCUCCCCAUCGGUCAUGCGCCCUGGGAUCCCCUCCACGCCCGUCUCCGCGCUGCUGCUCUCUUUCUGGCGCGUGGAUCCGCUCCGCCCUUCCCGCACCCCGCUGCCUUUGUCUCCGCGUCUCGCGCUCCCUCUCAUCUUGGGCCAUCCGCUCCUGCUGAAGCGCGUCCUCGGCGCGCUGCUCUUCCCCACUGCUGGCGUCGCGGCCGUGAGAUCCCUCCGCUUGGCUCGCGCCAGCGUUCUCGUCCGCCUGUGCGUGUUCGGCGUGUUCCGCGUCCUCGGCGUGCUCGUCUAA